AUGUGUGCACGAAUUUGGGACUAUGAAGCAUACUCAAAAUCUAUAAAUACAAAACCACCAAGCCUCGAAGAAGAUAUUCAUCAUCGUCAAGGCUACUACUUCGGUGAUGAUAAGUGGUACCAUUCAGCUGCUAAGGUCAUUUCUUUAUGUGUUCUUAUUGUAAUCGUUAUGUUCAUCUAUAUCUAUGCUUGGAAGACUUACAGACGCCAUGCAAGGGAAGCUUCUCAGACAUCCAUUAAUGGAGUUUCAGCUUCUCAUCAAGAAGUGAAUCCUCACCAACAACCCAUCCACAGAGGUGGUCUCCAUCCUUCUGUCAUCGCUUCACUGCCCACCUUCCUCUACAACGACACUAGUACCACAACAGAAUGUGCAGUUUGUUUGUGCAACUUGGAAGAAGGAGAAAUGGCUAGACUUAUACCUACAUGUAACCAUAUGUUUCACUUGCAGUGCAUCAAUAUGUGGUUGAGUUCUCACUCCACAUGUCCCAUCUGUCGUUCUCCUGCCCAAGCCUCAAACCCAACUGCUCUGCAUCAUGAGAUGAGCAUUUGGGUACCCUCUAUGGGUCCACAAGUGAAUUCAUUUAGCCCUGCGAAAACAAGUUCAGAGGGUACAUCUGAUGAUUCUUCUUCAAAAAAUUCCUGGGAUGAUGCUAAUUUGAUUAGCAUAGACAGGAGAGUUCAGCCUCACGGACAGCAAACAGAUGGGGAUAAACGUUGA